CAAUCUCACCUCCAACGUUAGAGCAAUUCCUAGCAAAUAUAUAGCUUCUCCUCAUCAAAGUUUCAUUUCCUCAUCUAUCAUAAUCAUCAUGUCUACUUUUUCAUAUGUUGCAGCAGCAAUUGUUCUCUUUACCCUUGUGUUGGGCAACUCCAAUGCUCAGCUCAGCUCCACUUUUUACGACACAACGUGCCCUAAUGUGUCGAGGGUGGUUCGUAAUGUGGUGGAGAAAGCUCAACAGAAUGAUAUUCGUAUUGGCGCCAAACUCAUCCGGGUUCACUUCCACGACUGCUUCGUCAAUGGGUGUGAUGCAUCACUUUUGCUCGACGAUGCAGACGACAUAGACAGUGAAAAAAAUGCAGUUCCGAAUCUAUCCACAGCUGGAUAUCCUGUGAUUGAUGACAUCAAAACUGCACUCGAGAAUGUUUGCCCUGGUGUUGUCUCCUGUGCUGAUAUUGUAGCUCUUGCUUCUCAGAUACUCGUUUCUGAGAAUGGAGGACCGACUUGGGAAGUUCAAUUGGGAAGAAGAGACAGUAGGACAGCCAACCGGGCUGGUACUACUGCCAUUCCAAGCCCUUUAGAGACCCUUGCGCAAAUUACCAAAAAGUUCACUGAUGCAGGACUUGAUUCCACAGAUCUCGUUGCUUUGUCUGGUGCUCAUACAUUUGGCCGGGCACAGUGUUCAACUUUCGUCCACCGCCUAUACAAUUUCAGUGGUACCGGGAACCCCGACCCAAGCCUGGACACAACUUACUUGGAAACCCUACGCAAAACAUGUCCCGAAGGCGGCAAUGGAGGUACAUUGGCCAACCUUGAUCCUUCUACGCCCAAUGGCUUCGACAACAACUACUUCACAAACCUUCAGAACAAGCAGGGGCUUCUCCAGACGGAUCAGGAGCUGUUUUCGACCAGUGGAGCCGACACUAUUUCCAUUGUGGACCGGUUUGCUAAUAGCCAAAGCGACUUCUUUGACACUUUUGCCAAGUCCAUGAUCAAUAUGGGAAAUAUAAAACCUUUGACGGGAAGUGAUGGAGAAAUUAGGUCUGAUUGUAAAAGAGUUAACUAAGUGACCAACAUCAAUUAAUAGUGUUUAAUUUGAAAUAAAGAUCAUGGGUCAAGAACUUAAGAUUAUGCCCUAAAGGGUACUGUACUGUAGCUGCUAGUAUUGUUGGUUUAUACCAAAGAUUUAUAAAACUAAAGAUGUUUUGAGCUGAAA